AUGAUGAAGCAUUACAUGGCGAGUGGCGACGGGCCGAUGGGGACUACAGAGUCAGUGAGUGGUAACGGCGAGAGUGGACGGCGAGUGGCUGGGUUGCGGGAGAGUGGAGACGGUCGGAGGCUCGGAGGUGGCGAGUUCGACGGGAUUGGCGAUGGCGAGAGUGCCACGACGAUUGGUUGGGCUGUUGGUGAGUGGCGACGGUUGGAAUUCAGAGGAUCGAGGGUUGGAGAGGAGCGUCUGCUCGCGACGGUUGAGGCCGUUCUCCGAUGUUUGUGGGCUUGCGGUGGCGACUGCUUGUAG